CGCCUGCUAUCUGAUGACAUCACACCGUCACCGUCACUCACCCGCUCGGACAGCAGCACAGAGAGCUAGCUCGCGUCGGACUAGGAACUAGUUGGUGGGAGCGCGCACGGACGGUUUCCCACAACAUUCACCCUUCGUGCAGGAGCCACUUUGAAAGCGCUGGAUCUCACCUGCUUGAUUUCAAUUCAAAACAGACUCGAUACCAGAAGGCAGAAACAACUAAAGGACGCUCGCAGCGGAGAAUCUCCGUCGGACCUCUGAGGUGUCCUGUACUCCCAAGUUGUGCCGAGGGGAAAAGUCUGGACUCGCAUACUCCAGCGUCGGUCCUCUGUUCAGGGGUUUCGCUACAUUAUUCGUGUUCCGACACAUUGACUGCCUGCUCUUUUGUUUUUUGAAAGGGACUUUAUCGCCAUGUCGAGACAUUACGCUGGAGAUUGCCAUGGCUCCUCCAGAAACACAGGACUCGUCAUCUUGGCCACGUUUUUAUUUAUUCACGGCGGGCUGGGCCAGCGGGUGAAGGUGGAGACGGAGGUCCUGUCCUACCCAGGCCAGACGGUGAACCUGCGCUGUUCCUUCAAUGACCCCUCCGGCAUCCAGCUAACUCAGGUGACUUGGAUCUACGAGCCUGUUGAGGGCGAGAGGGUCAACAUCGCCGUCUACCACCCCAACUUCGGCGCCCACUUCCCGGAGACGCCGCAGAAGGGGCGGGUCACCUUCGUCACCAACCCCCCCUCCCUGCCCAACCCCUCCAUCCAGAUCAGCGACGUGAAGAUGAGCGACGAGGGGAAGUACAUCUGCGAGUUCGCCACCUACCCCAGUGGCAACGAGCUGGGCACCACCUCCCUCAUCAUGCUAGCCAAGCCUAAGAACACGGCGGAAGCGGUGACGGCGGUCGCCGGCACCAAGCCUGCCGUGGUGGCCCGGUGCCAGUCUGCAAACGGCCGCCCGGAGGCCCUCAUCUCCUGGGUGACCACCGCCAACGGCAACGCCUCCACGGUGCCCAAGACGGGCGCUGACAACAUGGUGACGGUGGUCAGCGAGUACCUCCUGGUUCCCACCGCCGCCGACAACGGCAAAGACAUCAGCUGCGUGGUGACGCACCGCACGCUGACCAAGCCCGAGAGCUUCCCCAUGAAGCUGGCUGUGGAAUACCCGCCUAAGGUGACCAUCAUUGGCUAUGACAACAACUGGUACGUCGGUCGCACCAACGUGGUGCUCACCUGCCAGGCCAACGGCAACCCCCAGCCCCUCACGGUCAAAUGGAGGAUCCUGACGGGAGAGAUGCCCGACACAGUGGUCCUCAAGGAGGCCAAGCUCACCGUGCUGAAGGUGGACGAGGCCGUCAACACCACCUUCAUCUGCGAGGUCAAGAACCGCCUGGGCACGGGCAAGGAGCAGGUCACCGCCCUGGUCAGAGGAACCAGGCUGCCGGAGAAGGGGCCGACCACAGGCAUCAUCAUCGGGGCCAUCAUUGGGGUGAUCAUCAUCCUGGCCGCCAUCGGCUCCGGCAUCGCACUGUACCGCAGGCGUAGGAAGUCGAUGAGCGAUGGUCCACCUACAUUCCAGCCCCCUCCCCCUAAGAAGACCAACAGCUCCACAGACAGAUUGAUCACCGUCCAUGACCCAGUGGUUGAGAACAGGCCCCUGCAGGAACAGUACUACAAUACCCAGAGUGCUGAGCCAGUCACGGACCUGGACACCUACCAGGAGGAGGAAGGGGAGGCUCCCAAGGACAGGGUGCACUACUACUCCGCUGCCCCCAGUGGCUGGGAUGACCCGGAGCACAACGAGGUGCCGCCGCCCUACCUCUACACCUACGCCGACGAUCCACAGGCCGCGCCUCAGGACGGUGUCGUCAACCGCGGGGACAGCUUCGUAUCGGCUGCCAUGUUUGUGUGAGAGGAGUCAGGUGUGUGUGUGUGUGUGUGUGUGUGUGUCCAUUCACCCAUCAGAGUGAGAGGGCAUGACAUCUGGUUUAUUAAAAAGCCAAAAAGCCAUCAAUCUCUCCCUCUCGGUGUGUGUGUGUGUGUGUGUGUGUGUGUGUGUGUGUGUGUGUGUGUGUGUGUGUGUGUGUGUGUGUGUGUGUGUGUGUGUGUGUGUGUGUGUGUGUGUGUGUGUGUGUGUGUGUGUGUGUGUGUGUGUGUGCGCAUUUGGAACCAUGGGGGGAGUGUGAUGGUAAAUUCCCGAGGUUGCUAUUUUGGAUCGUAUAUUUAAGAAGUCUGUUACUUAGAGUGACACAUGCAUGCUCACCUGAGAUGUAAUUAUGAGAUUCUUGUGGUUUCAAUAAGUGGCUUGAUUUCACAUGUGCUUUGUUCCUUUAGUCCACAGAGUUCUGCUGAGCCUGCUUAACAAAGCCAUGCAAACUGUAACGAAUCUGACCACAUAUUAAAAAUGUUUUUACUAGUUAAAAUGUUUUGAGGCAUAACCUGCUGAAUUAAUGAAUGAAUUUCAUCCUGAACAUGAUCUAAAGAGUUAAAAAGCUGAUCAGGUUGCCACACAUACCUCUGGGUGUUACUUUUAUGACACCUGUGUCUGUAUGUGUGAGAGAGAUUAGUCCAGAAACUGGGGGCGAUGCCAUGUUCAACGCUAUGAUUAGGAAUGGGCCAUAUGGCAGCCAUCUUGGUUUAAACACUAGUGUUUAGCACCAAGAUGGACUCAAGAUGGACGCUAGGUGAAUGAGAACCAUGGAUUCUCCCUGCUGGGGUGACGUCUGCAAUGAUUGUUCUUCUCGUUAUCUUUCUUUUUGUUUGGUUAUGGUCUCAAACCUUUUCUUAAGCACAUUCUACCGUGAAAUUAGGGUCUUCGUGUGAAUGUAAGUAAGAGGAAAUUAAAUGAGGAGAACUCUGCUCAGCUGUACACAUGUCUAUUUUUUAUGUUUUUUUCUUUCUUCUCUAAAGCCAUAUUGGACCCAAGCCCCUACAUACAUCGACUGCUACAUCUAAUACUGUAUUUCUAAAACAGGGAAUGUCUGUUACCUUGCACUGUUUUGAUGAAAAGGGAGUACUGGUUGUUUUGAAUAUCCUUCAGAUCUAGCAGCAUACUUGAAUUGAUAAUGUAAAAUACGGUUUGUUAUAAAAUCUGCUGCUCUCGUCAUCUGGAAUUGGAGGAUUAUGCUGUUCUUUGAUGAGGAGACGGUUAAUAAUGUCCCCACCGGUAUGUUAAUUUCCCCUAGUUAGUCAGGGCUAAAUGUUUAUAUUGAUAUGGAAAUUACUGCAUCUAUUAUGAAUAACCAAUGUAUGUGCAUGCAUGUAUAUACUUUACCAAAUCACGUCUGUGUUAAAAUGAUAAGGGAUUUUUCAAUUUCUUAUUUUUAAACAAAUUUUGAUUUUAUUGUUUGUACAUUGUUCUUUUGAUUUGUUGAUGUACAAUCAUUGUCUAGUUUAAUAAAAGCAUAAACUGUGGC